UCGGUACGCAGUAUGAGUAGAAGAGAGGAAAAAAAAUAACGACGACGACGACGACGACGACGGCAGCGGAACAAAACAAAAACAAUGCACCGCCGUCCGUCGCCGCCGCCGCCGCCGCCGCCUGUUACUCAAGGGCGCAUUUGAUAACAAUGCGAAAUCGUCUGCGUUUCUCUCGCACGGUUCCGUCGUCGGCGAAUCACACGGUGCCAGUCGGAGAAUCGUUUGCCGCUGUCCAGACCAACGACCGUCGCCACCGACGGCCAUCGCCAGGCGCCAACUGAAGUGUCCCGACAGUAUCCGCCGCACGCGGACACGCGCUCAGCCCGUUACCGGUCGCCGCCGCCGCCUGCGACGGCCACACGGAGACGACAGGGUAACAGCUGCGGCUACGCGACGGUCGCGAUCUCCUCCGCCGCCACACCCGUCCGACGGCGUCACGUCCCGUCGCACCACCCGACCCGACCCGCGAGCGCCGGCUGCCCGCGGUAGCCAGCCCGGGACCGUUUGUGCACCGCGUCCAUCUGCUUGACGUCCGCCGGUGUCCACGAGCCGACGACAGGGAAACGCACUGCCAAAACACAAGGAAUAUGCCUUCGGUAUGGGAUCCAAAGACCACUGUCAAUGGCCAAAAAAUGAAUCCAAUAUCCAGAUAUCACCAGGUCGCCAAUUGCGUUCACAUGUUGUUCAGUUAUGUCCAAAUUGUAAUCAACCAAUUCAAGGUAAGACUGGGCAGCAAAAUGUUUGUGUGUGUUUGUCUUCAACCCCAACUACAUCCAGUGAUCCUUCUUUUACUAAUCAAUCAAAAAAAAGAAACAGAAAAUCAUUGCAAUUACCAGCCACGUGUAAACGUCAGCUGUUUGACUUAUGUUAUGAACAGCCCGAAAGUACGGUGAGUGUAACUGAUACUCAAAAACCAACAGUGGCUGAAAGUACAGAAAGUGGCGAGAGUUCAAGUACUUCUAUACAACAGUCACAACAACAACAACAACAACAACUGGGAGUCAGUCAGAUGUUGAGAGGUCGACACAUAUGUCAAGUCUGUUUUAAGUCGUUCACAAGUCCAUGUAAAUUGACACAACAUUCUUAUUCGCAUACUGGUGAAAAACCAUUUGUGUGCAAACAUUGUUCAAAAGCAUUUUCAUCAAAAUUUAAAUUAGUUCGUCAUGUAUUAAUACAUUCUGACCAACGUCAAUAUCAUUGUACAAUUUGUGAUCGAACUUUUCACAGGAAAGACCAUUUAAAAAAUCAUGCCAAAGUACAUAAUCCCAUUAAACGCACUUUACAAUGUGAUCGUCCUGGUUGCUCAAAAGAGUACAGUUCAGUGCUUAGUUACCGUAAACACAUAGCUGUACAUUCUGUAGAAGAAGGAUUUCUUGACUGUAAGAUUUGUAGCAAAGUAUUUGAAUCUAAAGAUGAACUCAUGUACCAUUUAAAAAUACAUUCGGGAUCAAGAGUAAUAAAGACUCCAGCUGAUAAAAAAUAUCGAUGCAAUUUUUGUGAUCGUAGUUUUUAUACUGGUAAAGAUGUUCGGCGACAUAUGGUUGUGCAUACGGGUCUGCGAGAUUUUCUUUGUCAAUUUUGCCCACAACGAUUUGGCCGCAAAGAUCAUCUUACUCGACACAUAAAAAAAAGUCAUAACAUCAAUGCAAGUAAGAAAUCCAAACCUAAAAAACCAACCGAACUGUACAAAAGUAAAUCGGUUGAAGCAAUUUAUCUUGAAACAUGUGGUCAGCCUUAUAAAUUAGAAAGAAAAGUUGCAGAAACAGUUACUAGUGGAGAUUUCAUAAAACAAGAAAAUUCUUCUACAAUGUCGUCAGGAAUAGAAAUGUUCCAUUCUUCUAGUAUAACUAGUUUUAAUUAUAGUGAAAAUAGUAGUGAGACAGUAAUUCAAUCUGUUGGAUCAUCCAGCGAAGUCAGUUUACCAGUUAUAAACUAUGAACGUCAACCGUCAUAUCCAGUUGAUGAACUAAAAGUAUUUGAUACAGCCUUGACCAACCAGCUAGCCGACAGUUAUGAUGAAUCGACUAACCCUGAAAUGCCUGGAUUAUCUCAAUUAAUUACUAUGAUACCAUCUUCACCCCUUACUAAUAUCGAGCCUAAUCUUUCAGUACUAACAAGUCAUGAACCAACUAUUUUGCCUACUCAACACGUAGUUGGACAUGAGCCAACACAACUUCAAGUUGGUGAAUACCUUACAUCUUCAUCAGAAAUACUGUCUGCUCUUUUGCAGACUUCUGAAACAGGUACUAUACCAUUGCCAGGGUUUAAUCAAGUUUUUCACCAACAACAAUAAUAGUUCCAUUAAAAAAACAUUAUGUAUAUAUACAUAAAUAUAUACAUAUUUUAAUAUUUAUCUAGUCAGUCAUCCAUAGUAGUUCAUAUACAUUUACCUUUUCAGAUUAUAUAUUUAUUCUAGGUAUAAAAACUUUAUUAAAAAUAAAUUAUUUUUGACUUAAUAUAAAAAUUACUAUUGCGCUUUACUGACUUACUACAGUAAAAUAAUAUAUUUAUAAAUAUAUUUUUUUACAUUUAUAUAUAUAUUACACAUAUAAAUAUAAUUAUAUAUAUAUAUAUAUAUGUAUGGAUUAUAUUCCUUCAUGUCAGACAUUUUUGUAGAUUUAAUAAUACCAAUUGUCAUUUGUUAUUACUGUUACACCCAAUAUGUAGUGCAAAGUCAAAAAUAUACAUUAUAUAUAAUCUAGUCUUCAAACAAUGCAUACUAUAUUAGUGUUAUGUUUCAAUAGUUUCAGCAUGUUAUAUUUUUUCAAAGAAUUGUUAAAAUUAUUUUAUUACAUAUCUAUAUAUAUGAAUAUUUAAAUGGUUUGUUAAAUAAUUUUAUGUUUUAUUUUAUCUUUUGUAUAUGAUGUUUAUUAUAAAUUACGGAUUUAUAAGAUUAAGAUUGCCGUUGUCAAUAUUAUACCAAACCAUGUUCUGAAAAAGAAUGACUCGGUCAAUAAACCAUUUUAGUUUUUUAAAUAUCGUUUUUAUGGGCAUGUUAUAUAAGUAUUUAUUUAAAGUUUUUUGGGUUAAUAAUAUUAAAAAGGAAACUAUAUUUUUGUUUUCAAAUCAUAAAUUUGAUUUUAUAUUUUGUAUGUAUGUUAUAAUGGGGACCAAAACCAGUACUCAUAAGUUCCUAGUGCUACACAUCUAAUUGUUGUAAAUAACAUAUAAAUUGUAGUGGUAUAAUGUAUGUUAUUGUACAAUGCUAAAAUAAACUUGUUACAACAAUAACUGUAAGUGUAUGUAAACAUACAGAAUAUAUAAACGUGUAUUUUUUUAUGUAUUAAUAGUGUACCUGUUAUAUGUUAAUUAAGAAAGAACCAUAAGAUUAUAAUUUUUAAUUCAAUUUGUAUAAUCCGUUUGCUAAUAUUGAUUUAGCCGCAUAUUUUCUUGCCGCGUUAAGAGAUCUAAAUCUUGUGAUUGAUAUAAGAGCUUCAAAUAUUUAUUUUUUACUAUUUUGUCUAAUAAUUUUAUACCAAGUUUUUAUAAAUUUGAUACAAAAAUAACAAUCUAAUUUUUUACUAUGUAUUAUAAAUCUGUUAUUGAAAUUUGUUCUACAGAUUAUUUGACAUAUAAAAACUAAUUUGGGUAUUGCUAUGAAAGAAAUGACCUGUAAUUUUGAGCUGUGUCAAAUUUUUUAAUUAAUUCCAUGUGUUCAUUAACGCUUAUAAAACAAUAUAUAAAUCAUUUUUAUUUAUAAUAUUAAUGUUUACCUAACCUUUAUGUUGUUCAUAAGAGUACAACCGUUACCGUUGUUACCAAAACUAUUUUUAUAUGUAUAUAAAUAUAAUGUUUAUGUGUGUUUAAUAAUAAUAGUUGGUUAAGAAUAUAAUUCUAAUAUUUUUCUAUGUUUUAUUUGUUAUUACUUACAAGUUGUGGUAAAUCAUAGAGUUUAUACAUUUUUAAAACAGUGUAUUUUUUUUUUUUUUUUUAGAUUUGUUUUAUACUGAUAGAUGUGUCUUUUUGUUUUCAAUCAUUAUUCAUGAGUUGUGUCUGUAUAAAAAUACAAUUUUACAAUAAUUACUUAUUGAUGAAGGUUUCUUAUUAAAACACAUAUAUUGUUAAUUGUUUCAGUAUUUUUGUUCACAAAAUAUUUUAAUUGUUCAUUUAAACAUUUGUAUUCAAGUCUUAAUUUUAUAAAUAGGUACUUACAAUGUAAUAUUUUUACCAAAAUUGCCUAAAAUUAUUAUCUAAUAAUGUUGUACUUUUAUAUUGUUAAACUAGAAGUAACGAUUAUUCAUUUUUUAAAUACAUAAAAGACAUGUACCUUAUUUUAUAACACAUUAAUUUGUGUGUAAGGUUUAUUUUAUUAAUAAAAUUAUAAUUUGUUUUUUUUGUAAAUUUAAGGAAAGCAUUUCUGUGAUAUUAUUGUUACAAUAGUUAAGUACAAAUAUUAUAAUUUGUUAUGUUUUAUGGUUAACAGCUUUGGUUAGAGUUUGAUGGUUCAUUUAUUAUUAUUAUUAUUUUAUCAUUAUUUUAUUAAUAUGUAUUUUGAUUUUAUUUAUAUACACAUAUAUUAUACUUAUAUUUUUUUGUAAAUAUAAACAGAAAUUGGUUAUA